GUUACGACUUUGCGGAGGUCCUGCGUUGGUUCGGGGAGCGGGUGGACCGCAUCAUCCUGCUGUUUGAUGCCCACAAACUGGACAUUUCUGACGAAUUCUCUGAGGCCAUCAAAGCCUUCAAGGGCCAAGACGACAAGAUCCGAGUCGUCCUCAACAAGGCCGACCAGGUGGACACCCAGCAGCUGAUGCGGGUGUACGGCGCCCUCAUGUGGUCACUAGGGAAGGUGAUUAAUACUCCAGAGGUGGUGAGAGUUUAUCUGGGUUCCUUCUGGGCCAAACCACUGCAGAACAGUGAGAACAG